GCAUAACCCAACCUGCCGCCUGUGACCCUCCGAUGACCGCCCGAGAGUCACAGUCAUAACCAUGCGGCUACAGGCGACGCUCUUUCUGCUCGCCUCGUGCGUUCCCUCCACCUGGGCCAUCUACACCGACGAGGUCGACCACAUCGAUUACCACCACGCCCUCCUCGGCCAGCCCACCUCCCAGUCGACCUUCUUCCUUAAGCCGUCCGCUUCAUCCAAUGCCUCCCUCCUCUACACCCUCUCAGAAGACUCCCUCCUCGGCGCCGUAAACCCCAAAGACGGUUCUUUAGUAUGGAGGCAGAACCUCACGCGAUUCGCACCCCCCGCCGCCCAGGACGGCGUCUCCGGUCUCCUGCGUGCCUCCGAAGGCACAAACGCUCUGGUCAGCGCGCUGGGCGGAUACGUCUCCUCGUGGACCGCCCUCGACGGCAAGCUGAUCUGGGAGAAGCGAUUCGCGGACGAUGUGAUUGCAGAUCUCGAGCUUCUCGAGCUGGAAGAUGCCAGUACCGCGCCGUCAGCUAAAGACACUGUGGCGCUGUUUGGUGGAAAGGCCGGCGUCGUGCGGAGACUCGAUGGUAAUUCGGGCCAUGUAAAGUGGGAAUACAAGGAUGAAAGUGGAGACGUCCCGUUGCAGCUAUCAUCCUCGUCCACGGAAGUUUUCUACAUCGCCCUGCAAGCUUCGGCGCGCAAAGGCUACCGCAUCCGCGUGGUCUCUCUGGAUCCCUUGACCGGCCUGCCGACUCAGCAGCAGAUCCUGACCUCGGAAAGCGACGUGUCGGGCCCUGGAUCGGUGGUCUUUGUCGGCGCGAAUACGGCCGCGCCUGUUAUCGUGUGGUCGGAUGCGGCGCACAAGGCGCUGAAGGUCAAUAUCAUUGGGACGAAGCUGGUGCAGUCGUUUGAUAUUGAGAAUACGAGUGGUGAGAGUAUCCGCUCGAUCACCGUCCAUACCCCUAAGAAGCUGGAAUCGCUGCCCCAUUACCUUGUGCACUACGAGACGGCCUCCACCACCUGGGCGGAGGUCUACCAUGUUGACCUGAGGUCGUCCGUGGUCUCCAAGGCGUAUGAGCUGCCCCGGUUGCAGGGCUGGUCGGUCUUCUCUACCAGCAACAAGGACGCCAAUGUCUACUUUACCCGCAUCACGCAGUCGGAGACUACCGUUGUGUCGUCCGUCUCGCAUGGGAUCCGGGGCAGAUGGCCCCACCAGUCUCCUCCGCUGGAGAAGGCGGUACACGCUGUCUCGGAGGUGGUGGCCAAGGGUGAGACGGUUGCUGUCCGGUCGGCGGCCGCUCUCGUCACCGGUGACUGGCAGUUGAUCCGCGGCGGUCAGAUCGAGUGGACGAGAUACGAGGCGUUGACGGGCGCGCUGGCCGCUUCGUGGGUUGAGACGGAUGGCUCCGAGGAUCUGGUCCAUCAGCUUGAAGUUGAGGGUCAUGAGAGCGUCUACAAGGCUUACGUUCACCGCGUCAAGCGUCAUGUCAGAGACCUCCAGCAUCUUCCUGAGUGGCUCAAGGGAUUGCCCAACCGCAUCCUGACCAGUAUCUUGACCGACGAGGUCUCCAAUCUCGACAGCUUCGGAAUCUCCAAGCCUGUCAUUGUCGCCGCGAAGAACGGUCGGGUUUAUGCCUUGGAUGCCGGAAACCACGGUGCCGUGUCCUGGGCUGUUAAGGCCGCUGAGAAGGACUCCUGGGACGUGAAGGCGAUCGUGGCUCAGCCGGGCUCGGCUACUAUCUACGCUGACGAUGGCAGCUCUGUCACUUUGGACGUCACGUCUGGCAAAAUCCUCGCUCGCACCCCGGGCACCGCCAUCAAGAUUCGGUCCGUUGCCGUCGUGAACGACGGUGCUGCUCCGGUCACCAUUGGUAUCAAGGAGGAUGGUACGCCAUUGGAAUCCCUGGAUCUUCCUGGGUUCUUUGUCACUCUUAGUGAUGAUGGCCGGGUCUUGGGAUGGGCUGCCAAGGACAACAAGACCCCGGUUUGGCAGUUUCUCCCUGCCCAGGGAGAGAAGAUCGUCCAUGCUACCGCGCGUCCCGCUCACGACCCCGUUGCAUCCAUUGGUAAGGUUCUGGGCAACCGCUCCGUCCUCUACAAAUAUUUGAAUCCCAACCUCGCCCUCAUCACCGCCGUCGGCAAGAACACGGCCACGUUCUACCUCCUCGAUGCUGUCUCCGGCCGUAUCCUGCACACUUCUGUCCAGGAGGGUGUUGACCCCACGCAACCGAUUGCCUCCACUAUCUCGGAGAACUGGUUCGCGUACUCGUUCUACGCGGACGUCACUUCUUCCUCCUCGGCCAAGGGCUACCAGCUUGUGAUCUCGGAACUUUAUGAAUCGCCCAGCCCCAACGACCGGGGUCCCCUCGACGCUGCCAGCAACUACUCCAGCUUCACCUCGCUUCCCUCUCCCCACAUCAUCUCCCAAGCCUUCGUCAUCCCCGAGCCGAUCUCCCACAUGACCGUCACGCAGACCCGCCAGGGAAUCACCACGCGCAACCUUCUCUGCACGCUGCCCCUUUCGAACGCCAUCAUCGGCAUCCCGCGCCCCGUCCUCGACCCCCGCCGUCCCGUCGACCGCGACCCCACCUCCACCGAAGCCGAGGAAGGCCUGUUCAAGUACAACCCCUACCUCGAAUUCGAAGGCCGGUGGUAUCUCACCCACUCGCGCAGCGUGGCGGGCAUCAAGAAGGUACUGUCGAGUCCGACACUGCUGGAGAGCACGAGUCUGAUCUUCGCGUUCGGCGGCGACGUCUUCGCCACGCGGGCGACGCCGAGCCAGGCUUUUGAUGUGCUGGGCAAGGGUUUCUCGAAAUUGCAGUUGGUUCUGACGAUUCUGGCUUUGAGUGCCGGUGUGAUGGUUUUGGCGCCGAUGGUCCGCAGGAAACAGAACAAUAUGAUCUGGAAGACGUCGUUGUAGUCUGGGUCUGUUUGACUAGUUGCUAGGUUGGAUAGUAUCCAGUUGGUCAGACCUGGUCGUGGUAGUAAAGUAUGAUGAUGAGAUAGAUACAUAUGAUCGAUAAUUGUUGCUUAUGAUUUUUGUUGUAGUAUGCUUCUUUGGUCUAUGAUUAAUAACUGGAUGUAAUUACAUGUUGAUUGUAGGCUGGCGGUUUUCUGAUAGAUGCCCUAUCGUCAACCACGAAUGUCAACCCUGUCUUCUAUUUAGAUAGUGCUACGGUUAGUCGAUUGAUGAAUCGGGUUGAUAUUUCAGCCUUUUCAAGCUGGGGGGUAUUUUAGCUUGGAU